AUGUCUCCGCGACGCGAGGCCCCAGAUGACGGGGAUAGUUGGACGUCCCCGCAUUCGUUCGUUGAAUUGAUGGCACUCGAGCGACUUGAGGAGAUUUCAAUUUCACACCCGGAUACGGCAGUUCCAGAAAGAAUCGAGCGAUUUCGCUCGCUGGCAGCACCAUACCCCCCUGGUCAGGGAACACGCUCGUUUGGCGGACAUGUCUAUGCUCAAUCGGCUUAUGCAGCUUCCAAAACCGUCGGUCCAGGAUUCGUGGUUCAUGAUAUGACGGGGACAUUUAUCUUGGGAGGGCGUGUGGACACGCCUUACGUGUACACAGUGCGGCACAUCCGCGACGGAUUCAUGUAUAGCACACGAGCUGUCGAUGCGCGCCAAGAAGGCAAAAUCUGCUUCUCGUGUAUAUGCUCUUUCAAACGCGACGAAAGACAAAAUCUCUUCGACCAUCAGCCAACAUCAGCACAGGAGCGCUUCGACUCCAUUCUUUCGGCAAAACGACCAGAAGACCAAGCGGUCAGUCCGAGCGUUGAUGCAGACUGGUGGAUUGACAAUGUUCGUCAAGGCAAUAUUACCGAGCUUGAAUUCCCCGGUCUGGAUGUGCGCAAGGUUGAUAUGCAAGGUCACAAUCAUGCCGAGGAUGUCAAGCAGCAUCCUGAGAGGUAUCGUCAGCUGACGCAAUAUCGGCUUAAAGGAUCUCCAGAUGAGGAUCCCAAUGCUACUCUGAGCCAGAUCCGGGAGAGAGAGGAGGCAGGCGACUAUGAUAAUUUAUAUGCGUGUGCGCAUAUGUAUUCCAGUGAUAAGAACUCGCUUCUUUUGAUCCCGCGCGCAUUGGGGAUCAAGAAUUGGACUGAAAUGGCCAGCCUAACGUUGACUGUUAUUUUACAUCGACAUGCGGAAGCAAUGCGUAUGAUCGAUUGGAACAUGGUUGAAAAAGGCGAUAGUGAAUUGCCGAAGAAAUGGUUCGUGCAAGAAGGGUGGACGCCGCAAGCUGCUCAGAAUCGAGCAGUGCAUGAAAGUCAUCUGUGGAGCCCUAAUGGAGCUUUACUGGGGACUUCCUUGCAGGAUAGUAUGUUGAGAUUGAGGAAGUUGGGCAAGAAUGCGAAGUUGUGA